GAAAAGAGAAGAGAUAAAGGAGAGCGUGGGAGAGAAUUGAGGGGAAAAAGAAAAUGAAUAUGACGACGACGACGACGACGACGAGUGUGUUAGACAUGUAUGGCAUCGUUGCGGCUGUUGUUGUGUUCCUUAUAUUGUUGCUUUGGCAGCGUAACAGAUUGUUCUUUGCUGCAUCUCCAUCUCCAUCCACUUCCUUUUUCGUCUCCGAUUCUAUCACUUCAAACUCCAGAACCUCAAAUUUUGUGACAGAUGCUGAUUUGAAAUUUUUAAUGGAGAUUUUGGAUGAGAAGCUCAAUGAGAGUGAUAAAUGGGAGGAUGUUCUGGAUAGAAGGAUUGAUCAUCUAUGCUACAAUGUGAAAUGCUGCAAGCCUAAGAAUGGUCCCCUGAGAUAUGUGAGCAAGACUGUGUUCAAUAAUAUUUCAUCUGAGAUGCUAAGAAACUUCUACAUGGAUAAUGAUUACAGAAAGCAGUGGGAUAAAACACUGGUUGAGCAUAAUCAACUGCAGGUGGACAAAUCUGAUGGUACUGAAGUUGGUCAGACAAUUAAAAAGUUCCCUUUUCUAAAGCCUAGAGAAUAUGUGUUAGCUUGGAAGUUGUGGGAGGGAAGUGAUAAAACAUUUUACUGUUUUAUGAAGGAAUGUGAACAUCCUUUGACACCACGACAGAAAAAGUAUGUACGAGUUGAGUACUACAGAUCUGGCUGGCAAAUAAGAGAAGUACCUGGUAGUAAUGCCUGUGAGAUCACAAUGUUUCAUCAAGAAGAUGCUGGUUUAAAUAUAGAGAUGGCUAAGCUGGCUUUCCGCAAGGGCAUAUGGAACUAUGUUUGCAAGAUGGAUAAUGCACUUAGAAGAUACUCUGAUUUAAGCUAUCGUUUAUCAAGUUCAGUUACCACUUCAGUCAAUUUAAUGCAGAAGGUACCUGAUUGCUUGGACCCUAUCACGAACAACGUAUCUCCAGCACAUCCUACUGUCUUCCAUGAUCAAAUUACUGAUGAACCUCGACUGCGUAUGUUCCGAAGGCCAUCAAGAAAAUUGGUAGCCAAUAGUUUGCUGCUUCUUGGGGGUGCUAUUUGCUUGUCUCGUGGUCACUCUAGCCUAGGUGCUAAAGUUGCCAUGGCAUACAUCUUAACAAAACUUGGUAAGCGUGGUGCUAGAUCAAACCAAGUCAAACAGACUUGAAUGUAAGAUUGAUUCUAUUUUAAUAUUAACAUUGAUCACCAAUGUAAAAAUUGAAUAAUCAAGACUAUAUAUAACCUUAUAUAAUGUGAAUAAUCCUUACAAUAUAGAUUAUUUAGACUUUCAUAAA